AUGACCCAUAAAUCUACCAGCCAGCCUUGUCCCACCAGAAAGCCUCCAACAUGUUCAAAGGCCCUCCAGACAACGGUCAGUGAACAGACCACAACGGCCGGGUGGUCGACCACUUCAAAUGACGCCCAGAAGUAUCCGGCACUAUUUUUCGUCCGCGAAUCCUCCGGCUCAAAUGUCGGGUCGCCGGAAAAUACAUUAAUCCCACUGGUGUUCCGAUGUUUGCAUGCCUACGGAAACCGGUGUAGAGCUGUCAACGGCUCUCUUUCGCCAACAUAUCACGACCGGAAUGUAUAUUUUCCCGGCCGCCUGCACACAGCGAAUGACACCGUUGGUAUUUUGGCCUCCUUGCCCGCGACCCUCUUAUGCCUAUCUCGCCAGCCUUACUUAAGUCGGGCACUAGAGCUUGACGACAGUCAUGAGCCCCUGACAAUCGGGGCGGCAUCAUUAAAUGCUGUGACCCGGUCUCAGGUAGACCAAUCUAUUACAAAUGACCUCACCGCUAUCCUUCAUAAUGCCAGCUUUGCCGUCGCCUUCUCCACCAUAACGACUAGCAUAAUCUAA